AUGAGCUAUGUGUGGCAACCUGAGAAUGCUAUCACCAUCAUCCAAGCAGCUAAGGAUGCGACCAGAGAUUACAGAGUGAAGAGCUUAAGUGCCAGCUCUGACCAGUAUCAAAAAGGAGAUGAUAUAUUUGGUAACAUUCUACUUUGCUAUGUAGUUGACCUAGUCCCUAAUGACUACAUCUACACGAUGUGUAACAAUGGUGUCCGCCAGAGGCCGCGAGCCACUGUGCGCACGCGCCGCAGCCCAGCCCCCAGGGCGCUCUCCCCGGCGCGCCGCCCUCUGGGCGUUCCCUGCCCUAGCCGAGCGUGGCGGAGGGCCCACGAGGCCGCGCUGCGGCUGCUGCUGUGCAGGCCCUGGGCCGUGGGCGCCGCCUCCAGCCCGAAACCCCGCGCCUCGGAGGUGCUGACGCAGCACCUGCUGCAGCGGCGCCUGCCGCACUGGACCUCCUUCUGCGUGCCCUACAGCGCGGUCCACAACGACCAGUUUGGCCUGUCGCACUUCAACUGGCCCGUGGCGGGCGCCAACUACCACGUCCUGCGCACCGGCUGCUUCCCCUUCAUCAAGUACCACUGCUCCAAAGCGCCUUGGCAGGACCUGGCCCCGCAGAACCGCUUCUUCACGGCUCUCAAGGUCAUCAAUCUGGGUAUUCCAACUUUAUUAUAUGGACUUGGCUCCUGGUUAUUUGCCAGAGUCACAGAGACUGUUCAUACCAGUUACGGACCAAUAACAAUCUAUUUUCUAAAUAAAGAAGAUGAAGGUGCCAUGUAUUGAAAAUGUGUAUUGGAAAAUACAAAUGUCAAUGAAUUUGUUCCAAGCAUGUGUGUGUGAAAUAUUUAUUUUUGAUUCUUUAAAAUAAAAUGCCGGCAAACA